CAUUUUUUCCCAGUUAGAAAAAAGCGCGCCGGGGAAGCCAGCGCGAUGAAGACGCAGGGCGACUCGGACCGGAGCGCCCACGUGCCGUCCACCGCACUCCUAUUACAGCAAACCCGAGCCUCUGUGCCCAUGUCCGCGAACCAGCGUCACAAACAGCUCACGGGCGGCUCCUCCGACCGCUUGCGUAGCCCCGAGGACCGUCGUCACACCGCGGGACGACGACACAGCCACGUCCCGGCGGCCCCGGUGUCGGCGCCCUCGUAUCAGCAUCUCGGCGCCAUCGAGAGCGUCCGUACGGCGCUUAGCAGCACGGGAGGCGUGAGCGCCGGCGCGAAUAACGUGGGACACGAGGUCAUUCUAAGCGGCGCGCUGAAUAAGCGCGGCCAGUUCUUCAAGACGUGGCUGCCUCGCCACUUGGUGCUGUCUCGAGGUGCUCUUCAAGUAUACAGGAAGAACCCGUACGUACAGCAACGAGAGAAGGACGUAGCGCGGCUGGAGAAGAAGCUGCUGAAGAUGGAAGUAAGCAGAGCCGAUGCCAUCCGCGUAGAGUCCACGGACGCCUUCAAACACCACCCUUUCUGCUUCAUCCUCGUGGCACGGAAGCGCUCGCGACGCUUGGGCAUAUUAAGCAGUAAUGAUGACGCCACAACGAGGAGCGCCGUCAGCUUCAGCAGCGCGGGAGGCAACUGCUUCCAGCACCGUAAGGAGAGCAACUUGGACUCCCGACGGCUUGAUGACGGCCCCGUCGUGCUGUAUUAUCUUCAAGCCAGUAAAGAAGCCGAACGGCAGCGCUGGAUUCGCGCUCUACAGCGCUGGAUUGAAGGCGAGAGCCCGGCCAAACUGGGACGUGGGAUCCUCAACUACAUUGUGAAUAACGAGUACAGUAACUUCCGCUACGGACAGAAAGUAGUGAGCAGUGGAUCCUCCAGGUCUGUGGUGGGUGACUGCGGGUCUACCGCGGCCUUAUCCCCGGCGUCACAGGCUGGACGCAGUGUCGAACAGGAGUUCCCGGUGCUCGCGAAUUUGAUCCGUGACAUGCACGACUGUAAGAAGGAGGACGAGAUGAUUUACAUCCUGGACCAAAUUUUAGGAGAAGUGCAGGACGGUGCGAACAGCGGUUACAUCAAGAAGCUCAUUGCCACGGCCGGAGAGGUGAAACUGGAGCAGUCGGAGCACAUCUGGACGACUCAUGUAAAGACGGCGUACGCUAAUAUUAUGAAGGCGUUGCAGACGGCGUCCUCAGGACAGGAACCCAGCAGCCAGGCACCGACACUGCGAGCUCCUACGUACGCGAUGCGUCAGAAUUCAGCUGGUAGUAUUGACUCGAGUGAGAGCAACCGGUCGCUGAACAAUGUGGACUUGGCGUCGUUCCAUAGAUUCUACAAGCUCGGACGGAAGCUGGGAUCGGGUGCCUUCUCUGUAGUGCACAUUGCCACUCACAGAGAGACGAGGAAGCAGGUUGCUGUCAAGUGUAUCGCUAAGGCGAGUCUGGGGCCUCAGGACGUGCAUUCUUUGAAGCAAGAGGUGGAGGUUAUGUCGAGUUUGAACCACCCUAACAUCGUGCCGUUGUUAGACUACUUUGAGGAGGACAGAUACUACUACAUUGUGACGCCGUUGUGUACCGGUGGCGAGCUGUUCGACGACCUGGUGAAACGUAAGAGUUAUACAGAAGAAGACGCCCGUGUACUCAUGCGGAAGCUGGCGAGCGCCAUUGACUACCUUCACUCACGUGGUAUCGUGCACCGUGACUUGAAGCCUGAGAAUAUUUUACUCAAGACCUCAGCUCCUGGUGCCGAGGUGAUGAUCGCGGACUUUGGUUUCGCUAGACCCAUGAAUGGCUCACGUCGCGGCACUGCGUGUGGCACUCCAGGCUAUGUGGCACCAGAAGUGGUGCAGGGCGAACCGUACGGCGCCGAAGUGGAUUGCUGGAGUCUUGGUGUUAUUCUCUUCAUCCUGCUGUGUGGAUACCCGCCGUUCCCUGGCGCUAACCACGCGACGGUGCUUGAUAAGGUCGUAAAGGCCGAGUACAAAUUCGAGUCGCCAUACUGGGACGAAGUGUCCGAUGAGGCCAAGGAUUUGGUGACGGAAUUGUUGACUGUGGAUCGUACCAAACGUCUUGAUGCGUCGGGUAUUCUGGCUCACCCGUGGAUGGACGAGACACGUGCGUCUGCCAUCAGUAUCACGGAUGACAAUGAAGUCAAGAAGCGCAUCACUCGCAAGUGUUCGGACCUGCUGCCGGCGUUGCACCAGAUGCGCAAGCACAGCUUGACCCACGGCAGCCCGAAGAUCCGUCCGUCCGAUAUGAACGUGGACGAUAUCGAACUAGACGAACUGACCAUGAACAGCGACAAGGAAAUGCUCGAGCGUGAGCUGGCUGACAUGGACGGCUUCUAGAGUGAGGGUUAUCAUUGGAAAUAACCCCAUUGUAAGUGACCUGCUGAGCCCCCGGAGGCUCAAGAGUCUUCGGAGUUGUGUGUAUUCAUGUGUGUAGUUGCAUGCCUAUGGUCCACUAGGCUUUGAAACUAAUUGGGUAAAAUAACAAACAACAUUUGUAUUUGCAACGUGCUCAGAGUCCC